CAGAAAUCGGGGACAUUUUGAGCCCCUGGGUUUGAGUCAGCGGUGUAUCGCAUUUCACUGAAAAACAAGAUGGCGGCCAUUGCUACCCGAUCUGAGCGAGAACGUGUUUCCUACUAUAUCCUCCAUAAUUUAAGUUCCUCCGAUAUAUUAUUUCCUGAGAGAAAAAGGAAAAAGAGGUGCCGUGGAAAAAAUCUCGGGACAUAUGAAGCUGAGCGCUUGAUAGCAAAUCGGGAAGACUCGGAGGGAAAAAAAUUCCUCGUAAAAUGGAAAGGCUACAGUACCUUUGAAAAUACUUGGGAACCAGAAGAAAACCUUUCCCCCCUUCUGUUGAGGAACUUUGAUUCUCCAAGACCUGAAGGAGACAUUGUACAGAGCUGCAUCGACAGAAUGAGAUUUGCUCUACUGGAAGCACUUAAACACAAGGGUCCUGAGCAGAAAGUCUCUUUAGAGUUUCGACAUGAUGUUUUCAAGUAUUUGUUUUGUGGAAAAGGAAGAACAGCAGCAGAGAAAAACUGGACUCUCUUAGAAGAGACUGACUUUAACAAAUGUAAACUCCCAAUUAACUGGAGUUGCAUUUUUGAUAGUCACGGAGAUGGCAUUAUGGUUAGAUUUCCUGUUAAAGUACGGAAAUACCUGACAUUGUCACCCAAAUCUUAUGAAAAAGUUGGUGACAAAAUUGUGGAGAUGCCAAGAGCAUAUAUAGAGAAACUAUCAAUCAAAUUUGUUAAGGUCCCUUCAUCAUGUAAUUAAUUAGUAGCUGUUUCAGUUGUGGGCCUUUUAUACGAUUAAACCUUUCUCUAAAGUUAA